AUGGAGACAAAGCCCAUUCAUGGUCUCCGGUAUUCAAGGUCCAGCCUGAUUGCAUUGAGACAUUCAAGAUGUGCUAAGGUCACACCAUCAGCAGAUGUACUAUCCCUACUGAAGGAAAAUGGCAUUCUGAGGUAUCGAGGUUGCCGAGCUGGUAACAGAGCAAGAAGGAAACAACUAGUGAGGUCAACGGGAAUUGACUCUUCCAAUGUUGUUAUUGAUGCAAAUGUCGGAAAUGAAACAUUACAGCAUGUAUGUCACUGGAAUGCUCGCUCACUGAGACAUAAAUCUCUUCUUCUUCAAGACUAUGUCAUCACCAACGAAGUUGAUGUAAUGUUUGUCACAGAGACAUGGCUGACUGAAAAUGAUGACGCUGUAAUUGCUGAGGUAACACCACCUGGUUAUACUUUCACCAAUGUUCCACGCACUGGCGGUCGUGGCGGAGGUGUUGGUGCUCUGGUCAGGUCUGAUCUGAAACUACAUCAAGUGACUAUUGAUCCUCAUUUUACAACAUUUGAGCACUGCAUUAUUACAGACAAAGCUCGUUCGGUGAACUAUGUUGCUGUGUACCGUCCACCACCAUCCAGCACGAAUGGUCUGAAAACAUCUACGUUCCUCGAAGAAUUUGACAGCUUCAUCGAUGACAUGAAUCAGACUCCUGGGAAGCUACUGCUUUUAGGUGAUUUGAAUGUCCAUUAUGACUGUCCCGAGAGACCUGAUGUCGCACGCGUUGUAGAUACGCUGAAAUCCGCAGGACUCAAGCAGUACAUAUCAAAGCCAACUCAUCGACACGGCCAUACAUUGGAUGUAGUGAUUGCGAGGGAAGAUGAGAAUCUUCUCUGUUCCAUACGUACAGAUCCGAGCCUCAUGUCCGACCAUGUAGCCGUGAGCUGCAUGAUCCGUGGUGAAAGACCAUCUACAGAUGAACGGCCACAGGAAUAUCGCAAAUUCAGCAACAUUGAUCACACGUUGUUUGCCGAUGAUCUUGCCAGUUUCCUUGACAAUCAACCCUUGGCGGAGGAUGUAAACAGUUGCGUGCUCAAUCUUGACAGAGACAUGGAGCGUGUCCUGGAUAUCCAUGCGCCUGUAUGUCUCCGCACCACGCAAGUUCGUCACAGGCCAAAGUGGUACAACGAAGAAGUUGAUGCUGCAAGACGUGAACGCAGAAGACAGGAGCGGAAAUGGCGUAAAUCCCUUAAAGUCAAUCCCGAUAGCGAUCGAUCGGCCUACUGUGAAGCUAAAGCUGCUGCAGCUGAAGCUCUGUCAAGGGCUAAACGGUUCUACUACAAUGACCUGUUUUCUGAAAGUACUCCAAAGGACAUGUAUAGAGAACUGAAGCAUCUUCUGAAUAAGAGUAAACGAUUUCUCCCAGAUGCUGAUUCAUCAGUUGAGCUUGCCUCUACAUUCUGCACAUUCUUCAGUGAGAAGAUCAGAGACUUGCGGAGAUGUAUAGAUGACUUAAACGUUGACGAAUUGGACAAUCCAAAUGGUAUGGCAAUCUCAGCCCCUUCAUUCGUGGAGUUCCAGUUGGUCACAUCAGAGGAGGUUCAGAGGCUGAUCAAACGCUCACCCAACAAGACAUGUCCUUUGGAUCCUCUUCCAACGUGGCUCCUGAAGCGUCACCUUCCUGUUUUGCUGCCAAAGCUGACGCAUAUCAUCAACGCAUCGUUGGCAUCAGGCGAUUUUCCAUCAUCUCUAGGUGUUGCAUCUGUGACACCAGUCUUGAAGAAGCCAGGACUUGACAAAGAAAGAAUGAAAAACUACAGGCCCAUUUCGAACAUAAGGUUUGUAGCCAAGCUUAUGGAAAGAGUCGUCUCAUCACAGUUAGCCAACUACUUGGAAGACAACAGCCUUGGUGAUCCUAAACAGUCUGCAUAUAGGAAAAAUCACAGUACUGAGACUGCAUUGGUGAGUCUUCAGAAUGAUAUCCUAUGUGCUCUGGAUGAUCGGAAAUGCGUCAUUCUACUGUCGCUAGAUAUGUCAUCUGCAUUUGACACUCUUGACCACACGAUCUUGCUGACAAGGCUUCGGGAUGAAUAUGGUGUCUCUGGCACAGCACUGCACUGGUUUAGAUCAUACCUGAGCAACCGACUAUCACAUGUGCGAAUCAGAGGAGUGAAAUCACUAGACACCAGGUUGGAGUUCGGUGUCCCGCAAGGAUCGUUUGUUGAGUGGCACAACAGCAAAGAACAUUCACCGUCUUCAGCUUCUCCAGAACCAGUCUGCACGCCUCAUCUUCAAACAACCAAAGAGCACACACACCACGCCCUUGUUGAACUCUCUGCAUUGGCUUCCUAUUCAACAGCGAGUGCUCUUCAAGACCUCCACCCUUGUCUUUAA